AACUAGCGGGACACGCCCAUGUUUACAGCAUUUCUCACUGCAGCUAUUGCAUGCAGUCAUUUGUUUUGAAGUAGAAAAUGGGUGAUCCACUCUAUGCAAGACUGAAUGCAAGAGGCCACAAGCAGUUCAAAGGCUCCGAAUCUAUUGAGUUUGAAGAGAGCUAUCCUGACUAUAACAAAAUCGGUUUGCCUGCACACAAGGCCGCUUUGGAUGGCAAUCUGUCCUGUCUAAGGGACUACUUUUUGAGCAAGCACCAACAGGAUGAGGGAGUACCUUCCAGAGAUGUGAAUGGUGCUACUCCAGUGCACCUUGCUUCACGUACUAAUCGUAUUGAAGUUGUCAGGUGGUUGUUGCGCUUCACUGAUCUUUCACCCAUCAUGGCAGCAAAACAUGGUGAAACACCAGCUCACGUAGCAGCUGCUCAGGGUAAUGUAGACUGCCUCAAGGUAAUGGUUACUGCUGAAGGCAAGAGUGACAUUAAAAGUGGUCUUGCAAGUGCUGUUGACAAUUCAGGCUAUACUGCACUCCAUUUGGCUAUUGUCAAGUUCCGGAAUGACUGUGCCAAGUUACUCAUUGCUGAGCUCGGAGUGAAAGGAGUAGGUACUAUCAAUGAGUCUGGCAUCACAGCAGCCCAUGUGGCAGCUUCAUCAGGUAACAUUGACAUCUUGAAACUACUCAGUCAGAAGCACAAAAAGUUAAUGAUUCAAGAGGCAGCAGAUGGCACGACUCCAGUGUACUUUGCAGCCCAAGAAGGACGACUAGAAGCACUCAAGUUCCUUGCCACCAAGCUGAAGUGUGAUUUGACUACUGCAAGCAAUGAUGGACUGAAACCAAUCCAUGCUGCUUCACAAUGUGGCCACACACACAUUAUCAAGUUCAUCGUAUCUCACCUUGGCAACCCAACAGUGUUUGAUGCAACCCCUGAUGGGGCUACAUCACUCCACUUUGCUGCAUCCUCUGGUCAGAUAGCGACAGCUCGCUGGCUGCUCAACUGUGAUCUGACAGGCUCACUGAUCUCUAGUAAAGAUAAAAAUGGAGACACUGCUGCACAUGAUGCAGCCGAGAGUGGGCAAACCUCUAUGCUGAAGUGUCUAUUGGAGAGUGGUGCUGAUCUAUAUGCAAUCAACAGUGAGGGGAAUACGCCAUAUUCCCUUGCACUUAGUGGACAGUAUAGUGAAACCGCUAACUUUGUCAUGACAUUCGCAUCCAAAGCUCCACAAAAACAAGAGAGCGGACCUACUAAGAUGACUAUCUAUGACAUGCAGGGAGAUGUGGACAUCGUUGACCUUGAUGCUGCUAGUGCUAUUACUGGACCAAUUGAUGCUGGAGGAAAAGAUGAACCAGACACUACCACACCUCAGCUAGAGAUAAAAAAACCAGACCCUAUCGUUGUAUCUCCGGCAAAGAAAUCAGGCAGUAAGAAAGGAAAGAAAGAGAAGGAAAAGAAAGAGAAAGAAAAGAAAGAGAAAGAAAAGAAAGAGAAAGGAAAAGACAAGAAGAUGAAGAAAUCUAACUCUUCCUUCACAAACAAUGUUGCUACCACUGAAGUGCUCAAUUCUCUCGACAGCUCUACUCCAGACCAACCAGUGGUGGACGAUAAUCUUGACAUGACCGAAGAAGACCUUGCCCAAUUUCAGGUAGACAACAAACCCCCGGAAGCAGAGAUAGUUGUUCGCUAUAGUGCUAAGGAUCCACCACCUCCAAUAUCAAGCUACUCUACAGUUGGUGAACUGGCUGAGAGUGACGCUCGAAAAAAGAAAAAGGAUGGGCGUAAGCUUUCCAAAUCGAUUCAAAAGGCACUCAAGCCAGGAAAGAAGAAGGUAUCCGAUUCUAAGAAGCAAUCUGCAUCAAAUAUUAAAGAAGCAUUAUCUGGUCCAGAGAUGGGAUUUAAGCCUCAGUUCAAGACAAACCCUCUCCAGAAGAUUCCAGGACUUCUUCCAGCCACUCCGCCACCUACACCAGCCACUGGAGCGAGCAUUGCACCUUCUGAAGAGAUUCCUCAAAAUAUCCUGGAUGAUGUUGAUGAAGAAGAGGAUGGCGAUGAAGGCAACCCAUACGACUCUUACUCAACUCCAGGUGUCAGCAUUGACAUAGAAGCGAAAGAAAAGCAAGAGGAGUCUGAGAUUAUGAAGCUGCUAGGAGAUACACUUGAUGAUCUCUCAGGUGAAGAUUCACCACUGCAAGAGAAGAAACAUCUUGAAUCAUCACUUUCUGAUAAAGAAAAACAGCCCUCCCCCAAAGCAGAAGACUUAAAUCUAGGUUCGCAAAAUCAAAACGUCCCAAAACCAGAAGAUCUAGAAUCGUCUCCUUCUGAAGCUUUUAUGAAUUCCUCACCAAAGCUCAAGCCAGGUGUCUGGCCUCCACCGUCUGAUGACGUACGUGAGCAACCAGACGAUUCGAGUCCUCCAUUGAAGUCUGGACAUCCUUCGGUAUUGCAAAAGUGGCAGCCGCCGAAAGAGUGGAAGAAAGAAGAAAGGGAAUCAACGUCAAAGCCAUCGAAACUUGACAUGUCCAGCUGGGCAAAAAGCGUGAAGAAAGUUGAGGUUAAGCGUAGCAUAGCACAGCAAGAGCUAGAGGCUCUUAAGAAGUCUGUUCCCAAAGAAGAGACAAAGCCACUACCCCCACCUAUUGCACCCAAAGCUAAGAAAGAAAAAACCAUCGUGGAAGAAGUCCCUAAGAACGUAUUUGUUGCUUUGAAGCCUGUGAAGAAGCAUGAAGUUCUCCCAACCAAGCAAGAAGAUAUCAAAAUUGAUGGUCCUACUAUCAAGUUGAAGAGAAGUGGUGGAAAAAAGGGUAUUGACUACACCAAGCCUGAGGAUGAGCCAGCUAGUGGGGCGUCGGAUGAACUGCUCAAGUACCUUAGAGGAAGACAAAACUGAACAUGUGCACAACUUGCAAUAAUUACUUUUGCUUAAUAGUAGCUAUAUAUAGCAUUUUCGCACUAUAAUAAUUUAUAUAGCUACACAUUAAUUUAGUUUCAUUUUUAAACUUAUGCUGUACGUAUUUUAGUGAGGCUUUAACCACAACAUGUCGUACGUAAUAAUUAUAUACAUCAAUAGUUUUCUCUACGCA